AUGGCAAUGGCUAACGAUACUCCCGAAAGCGACUUCUCAAUAGAAUGUUUUCAAAACUAUUCAGCCCCAGAAGUGUUCGUCCAGGGUCUCGCCGGAAUGGUUGACCAAACUGAUGUAGAAGUUAUUAUACGUGCGCAAAAAACUAUGCUUCAACGCUUUGAAAAAACAACAGAAAUGUUAACCAACUGCAACCAACUUUCAGCUAGUAGGUUAAGAGCUGCAUCUGUCGAGUUUAAGAAUCAUACUCAACUACUUUUAGAUAUGAAGAAGGAUUUGGAAUUCAUAUUUAAAAAAAUAAGAGCUAUCAAGACUAAGCUAAGCACACAAUAUCCAGAGGCAUACAAAAUGGCUGUUUCGACAGCCAUGAAUAGUAAAAAGCCUAUUGAAGAAGAAAUCAAAAGCGAAACUAAGAUUGAAACUAAAAUGGUGGCAACAGUUUCCACUGAAACAUUAAAACCAGCGAGUCUCGAUGAAAAGAAAUCUAAGAAAAAAAUUAAACCUGAUGAAGAUAAAGGAGAAAGCUCUAGAAUGCCAAGGAAAGUGAAAAGCAGCAGUUCUUCUGAAACAGAGAGUGCGAGCUCCGGAGAUGAAAGCAGUACAGAUACUGGU